AUGCUGAAGACAGGCCAUAAUAACAGCCGAGAUAAACUUGCCAUUAUCGCUAUUAGUCUUAAGCAGCAGUACAGCGACAAACGAGCUUCGAAAAUGACAGCAAACCUUAAUACCAACCUAAAUUUUUCACAACAAGAAUGUCCAGUUACUUUAGAAUUUGAUAUUUCAAAUUCCACGCGUUUUCCAAAGUCGGCCAUUCCAACAUGGAUUGCCGUGAGCGUCAUUAGCGGUGUCAUGGCCGUACCUACAUUUUGGAUCAAUCUGCUGGUGAUUUGGACGAUUCUCGAAAAUGAAAGCCUUAGAUCCCUCAACUACAAUCUUAUACUUGCCAUUCUGGCUCUGACCGAUUUACUGGUAGGACUUGUGGUGAACCCUCUUUUCAUUGCUUUUAAUAUCUGUGUUACGCUUGGGUGUGCGUCGGACUGCGAUUUAACCACUACUUAUUUAGUAGUCGUCGUGCUUUGCACUGGGUGGUCAAUUGGUACGUUAAUGAUCGCCUCAGUCGAAAGAUAUCUGGCCAUAGAGUAUCCACUGUAUUAUAACACUAAAGUCAGCACCAGAAAUCUAUUGGCCGCAGUUGCGGUAACCUGGCUGUUGGCGGUGAUCACCUUGCUUUUCAGAUUGAUGUUCGAUGAUUCUUACAAAACGAAACAAAUAUCACGAGUUCUGUAUCUUGGUAUCAGUCUGAGUGUGGUCCUCUACUGUACAUCAAAAGUAAGCAAGACUGCCCAUCGGCAGAUGAAAUCCAUUAACGCUCAGCAAAUAGCAUUGCAAGGGGCAAGCACCACCGCAGACAGAAUCAAGGAAUACAAACGAACUUUUGCAUUAGCAAGUAUAGUAUUAAUUUCGAUUAUCUUUUACUGUCCUUUUAUCAUUAUUAAGGUCAUCUUGUUAGCAAAUGGGAAAGAAUGGAACAGCGAGUUGAAAUAUGUGAUGCCAUCGAUUUCCAUGGUUUUCGUUCACUUGCAAUCUGUUGUUAAUCCUAUAGUUUACUCAAUUCGCCUGUCAUAUAUUCGAGUAGGUGUGGUGAAAAAACUGUUUUGUCGAUCAUAA